GGGCUGGGCUGGCUGGUUCCACAAGUUUGACAGUUUGGGGGAAGGUGGCAGCGGAGCCGCGUCUGCCGGGACUUUUCUGGGCGGCGGCCGGACAGGGAGCGGGGCCCCCGAGUGAGGGCAGCGGAGCAGCUCCUCGAGGAGAAAGUUUUUCCCGCCGGCCCCCUCGGCCUCUCUGCCGGGUUCUUCGGAGCCGCCGCCGCCCCCUUCUCUCCUGGCUGAGGCGCUGCCGCCGUGUCCGGGGCCACAAUGUCUCGGGAUCCCGAAGAGGUGAACAAGCUGACAGAGAGCACCUACAGGAAUGUUAUGGAACAGUUCAAUCCUGGGCUACGGAAUGUAAUAAACCUGGGGAAAAAUUAUGAAAAAGCUGUUAAUGCUAUGAUACUGGCUGGAAGAGCAUAUUAUGAUGGUGUUGCAAAGAUUGGAGAAAUAGCAACUGCAUCUCCAGUUUCUAAAGAAUUGGGACAUGUCCUUAUAGAGAUUUCAAGCACAAACAAGAUACUUAAUGACAGCCUAGAGGAAAGUUUCAAAAAAUUUCAUAAAGAGAUUAUAUCUGAACUGGAGAAGAAAACAGAACUGGAUGUAAAAUAUAUGAAUGCAACUUUAAAGCGAUACCAAACAGAACACAGAAACAAGUUAGAUUCAUUGGAAAAAUCUCAGGCUGAGCUGAAAAAAAUCAAAAGGAAAAGUCAAGGUGGAAGAAACGCAAUGAAAUAUGAGAAUAAAGAAUUUGAGUAUUUGGAAACUGUGAGUUCUCGACAGAGUGAUAUUCAAAGAUUUAUUGCUGAAGGUUGCAGAGAAGCUCUACUCGAAGAAAAAAGAAGAUUCUGUUUUCUGGUUGACAAGCACUGCAGUUUAACUCAGCACAUGCACUUCUAUCAUAAACAGUGUGCAGAUUUACUUAACUCCAAGUUGCCUGGAUGGCAGGAAAUGUGUAGUGAUGCCACAAAAGUGCCAGAAAAAGUUAUGAAUAUGAUAGAAGAUAUGAAGACGCCUGGUUCCACUCCAAUCUCAGGAACUCCACAACCUUCACCAGUGACAGAGAGAAAUAGUAUGGUUGGGAGAGUGCCCCCUGCUCCUACAGUUAGAGCAUUUACUAGUCCUUUAGUUGACAUGUUUAACAAUCCACCAGCAGUUCCAGCGGUUCCUUCGGAAAGAUUAAAUAAUUCAGCAGGUAAUUCAGAUGAUGCCAGUUUAUUGCGAUCAACUUCUGUUGCCACAGGACUGAACAUAAUGAAAAGGCAGAAAGUAAAAACUAUCUUUCCACAUACAGCUGGAACUAACAAGACAUUACUUAGCUUUGCACAGGGAGAUGUCAUCACACUUCUUAUAGCUGAAGAAAAAGAUGGCUGGCUUUAUGGGGAACAUGACUUGACUAAAGUAAGAGGAUGGUUUCCGUCAUCAUACACAAAACUACUGGAAGAGCCAAGUGAUGAAACGGAACAUGUGCCAGUGCGAAGCACUGCACCAAUCAGAAGUAUCAGUUCUAUAAAUCUAGCAGAUAAAGGUGGUGUUGUCCUCCCCCCACCAGAUUAUCUGGGAUCUUUGCAAACUUCAGAUAUGAGAGCAGAUUCUUCCAAAGGUACUACUGUUAAAGCACCUGUGGCCACACCAGAAAGCACAACUCCUAAACCUGUUAUAAAUGGCAUUGUAAAACCACCUUUCCUAAGCGGAGAAAAUCCAUUUACCACUGUGAAACUCCGACCAACAGUAACAAAUGACAGAUCAGCACCAAUAAUUCGAUGAAUAUAAUAUUCAUUAAAAUAUUUUUACUCCCUGUAAACAUUAAGUUCAGCAAUAUGAUUUACAAAGGCUGUUUAUUUAAAUGUAAUUAGUGUACAGUAGGAGAAUAUUGGAGUGGAUUUCUGAUUUUAACAAUCUGCUUUCUAAAUGAGGUAAUUGCUCUGGGUUAAAAUGUUUGAGAAUUUUGGCUUGAUUUUACACUACAUGCCUUUUUUUAGGAAGAAAGACAGUUGUGAAAGUAUGGGAGAAGUCUGAAUACUGUAGUUACCGGCAUACUUAAUAUUUUAUCAAAAUGCUCUGUUGUAUGGAAAAUACCAUGGAUAAGUUUGUGUUUAAGUCUGCAUAUAUCAUUUAGUAGAUAUAUAAAAGAAAAAACUGCAUUUUUUCCAUAAAAGGAACAAUGCAACUGUUGCCUUAAUACUGAGAGUAGAAGUUUGACUGUAUAAAAUUAUGUAUUGCAUUGUUUUAAGAUAGAUGCCUUGGGUUAUAAAUAAAUAAAUAUUUAUCCUCUAAGAA